CUUCACUUGAAAUUCACGAGAGCCGAAUGAACAAAAAUGUUUUUUCCUCACCAGCCAAGAAAGAAUUAAAUGGCAGUAUCUGAUCAGUGGGACAGAAAUGGUGCGCAAACUUCUGCUGUCAGUCGUUAUAGCAGCAAGUUUCAUCUCACCAGAAUUGUGUGGCUCCACAGCAUCUAAGAAGAAAUCACAAGUGAAAAACAACUCAGGUGUCACCCCAGCUGGAGAGUGUGGCACAUGGGUAAAGGAGCCAGAUGGAGGCUACUUCACAUCACCAAACUACCCCGAGAAAUACCCUCCAGAUCGGGAGUGUGUUUACAUAAUAGAGGCUUCUCCACGUCAGUGCAUAGACUUGUUCUUUGAUGAGAAAUAUUCCAUUGAGCCAUCAUGGGAGUGCAAAUUUGACCACAUUGAGGUGCGAGAUGGACCCUUUGUUUUUUCACCUAUCAUUGGGCGUUACUGUGGGCAGGAGAGUCCCACCUUUGUCCGCUCCAGUGGACGGUACCUGUACAUCAAGUUUGUUGCCGACGGUGAACUCGAGGCAAUUGGGUUUUCUGCACGUUACAACUUUACUCACGAUCCAGAGUUUACAGAACUGGGCUUACUGCCAUCAUUACCAUUUUGUGAAUUUGAUAUGACUGGCCCUGAGGGAUUUGUGGAGUCUCAUCAAAUCACUAGAGAUAACCGAGCCUUGCAAACUGAAGCUGUGGACUGCCGGUGGUACAUAAGGGCACCACCAAAAUCAAAGAUUUACAUGCGGUUCCUGGAGUAUGAGAUGCACAAUUCAAAUGAAUGCAAGCGUAAUUUUGUUGCUAUCUAUGAUGGCAGCAGUUCUGUUGAGCACUUAAAGAAUAAAUUCUGCUCCACUGUGGCCAAUGAUGUCAUGUUGGAGUCACCUCUUGGUGUGGUCCGUCUCUGGGCAGAUGAGGGAAGUCGAAAGAGCAAAUUUAGAAUUUUGUUUACUACUUUUCAUGCACCUCCUUGUGAUGAUGACACUUUCUUCUGCCAUAGUAAUAUGUGCAUCAACCACACACUAGUCUGUAAUGGUGUCCAAAACUGUGUCUACCCCUGGGAUGAGAACCACUGUAAAGAAAAGAGGAAACCAAGUAUUCUGGACUCACUGGAUAAUACCAAUCUGACUAUCAUUGGUGUAACCUGUGGCUUAGUUGUCAUUCUGCUUGUGAUAUCUGUCAUCAUUCAGAUCAAACAGCCAAGGAAGAAAUACAUAAUACGCAGAGAUGACUUCGACCCCGCUCUGCUGCACCCGGGUUUUGAGCCGCCUCACUACGAGCUCUGUACUCUGCGUCGUGCUCCGUCUGGUGACCUGACCGAUAGUGCUCUGGCAGAGGACUUCCAUAAACUACGUCGCUCCUCCUCCAAAUGCAUCCGUGACCAUCACUGUGGUGCCCAGCAGGAUAGCAUGCACGGGAGCGCACACGGCAGUCGCAGUAACUUGAGCAUGAGGGAUGGUGCCAUAGCAUCAGACGGAGGGCUUGGACCGCUACCACUACCUCCACCAAUGGUGAGUCAGCAGUCCCCGCUCCUGUCCCAUCACACUACUCCCACAGGAAGAAGGAACAUCUUGGUGAUGAAGCACAGUUACUCUCAGGACGGAGCAGAUGGCUACAGGGGUGAGGAGGAGGACAGUUUAAUGAUGGACAAUGAACCAACCACCAGCAGCCAGCGCCAUAUGCAGCAUCAACAAAUCCAUCCUAAUAUGUCUGGCCUCGACCACAUAGUCCAUCGCACUCUUUCCAAUGACUUCUAA